AUGGCUGGAAAAUUGCGAUUUCUCGACAAUCGGGAAGAUGAGCAGACUCGUGGAAUCACCAUGAAGGCCAGUGGCAUUUCAUUAUUAUACGGACCAAUGCUAGUGAAUCUGAUGGAUAGCCCUGGUCAUAUUGACUUUUCGUCAGAAGUAACCUCUGCAUUACUAUUGUCCGAUAUAGCUUUACUACUCGUUGAUGUGGUCGAAGGUGUGUGCUCACAAACGGAAGUUCUACUGCGGCAGGCGAUUACACAUGGGCAAACUGUUAUCCUUGUUGUUAAUAAAAUGGAUAGGUUGCGUGUUGAAUUGAAGAUGAAUGCGACUGAAGCUUAUACUCAUAUUGUUCGCUUACUUGAAGCUGUAAAUAGUUGUGUCAGUCAGGUUGGUGUCGAUUAA